AUGCUAAGGCACUAUAGGGUCUUGCAUGGGAACGAGGAGACCAACCAGGUUGAACCCGGCUCAGCUGAGAAGGUUGACUUGGCUGAGCUGUUGGUUGAUAUGGUAAUUGAGGAUUCUCAGCCGUUUUCCUUGGUGGACGGCAGUGGAUUCAAAGAGCUUAUGAAAGCUUUAGCUCCUUCCUACGUUCUACCUACACGGCAGGAGAGACUAACUCAGAUGCAAGUUCAAAUGGGCCUUCCGGUGCUUAAACUUCUUCAGGAGGUUGAAACAAGGUGGAACAGCACUUAUCUCAUGCUUCAGCGUAUCUACACUUUGAGAGAGCCUGUCGGAGCAGCUUUGGCUGGUCUACGCACUGAUCUGACACCAUUGUCUGCUGAACAGUACAGAAUUAUUGCUGACUGUUUGACAGUAUUGGAGCCAUUUAACUAUGCCACAAUUGAGCUGUCUGAGGAGAAGAAAGUUUCGGGGUCAAAGGUAAUUCCGCUGUUGUCCAUGUUGCAUCACUCCCUGGAGGAAGAAGAGAUUCGACAGCUUCAAACUCCAGAGAGCACAUCCAUGGUUGAGUUUCUGCAAAGACAACUAAGAGAGAAGCUGAACCAACUCCAGUCUAUGAGCAUUAUGUUUCUGGCUACUCUGCUUGACCCAAGGUUUAAAAAAGUAGGCUUCUUCAGUCCCAGUAAAGCAGCAGAGGCAGAAAAAAGGCUCACGAUGGAAUGCGCAGCUAUCAUGAGCCGCACAGCCUCAUCUACUUCAUCAUCAUUAUCAUCAUCGUCGUCGUCAUCAUCAGAACCUUCCCAGUCUGUUGGAGGAAGCAAACUGUGGCAUCAUUUUGAUGCCUCAGUCCAUCAAGCAAGAACCACAAAUGUCACGGCAAAUGCAACAGUUGAGGUGCAAAAGUAUCUGGGAGCACCAAACAUCCCCAGAGUUGAAAGUCCCCUUCAACGAGAAAUGAUGCACCGACUGAGCCGCCACGCGCGCUGGUCCAGCGGCGCCACGCAGACGCUGGUGGUGUUCACGCUGACCUUCUGCGUGGUGCUCCCGUUGUGCUGCCAGCGCCUGGUCUACUCCUACUACUUCCUGCGCUCCGUCUACUUGGACACCGUCAGCGAGGACGCCUUGCGCGAGAGUCUGCGACGCGGUCAGGAGGCGCUGCGCUUUUGGCAGAGCGCCGACCCUCCCGCUAUCUCCCCCGCCAGUGACGAGCCCGAGCUGCUGGUCACCGUGGUGACAUCGCGGCGCCGCGACGGCUUCCAUUACCACUAUCUGCUGCAGGUUAUGUACCAACUGAGCCUUCUCCUGGCCGGCUGCGGAGAGAGACCCUGCGCCCAGGUGGUGCUGUGCGAUGUGGAGAGCGGCCCGCACGUCAAUGAGGAUGCCAAACUCCUGGAGAGGCACUUCCGCGUGCUGCGCCGGCUGGCCGAUCGCCGCCACCUAGCCUUCAACACCUUCGAGCGAGAGAAGCAGGACUACGCCUUCUGCCUGCGGCGGGCCUACGAACUGGUGCGGCCCCGUAACGCGGUGGUCCUGGAGGACGACGCCUUGCCCCGUUCGGACUUCUUCCGGGUCUUGAGGGAGCUCCUGAGUCGGCGGUUCGCCGCCGGCGCGCUCUACGUCAAGCUGUACCACCCUGAGCGGCUGCAGCGCUACUGGAAUCCGGAACCCUACCGCCUCCUGGAGUGGUUGGGUUUGGGCCUGCUGGGUGGCACCCUGCUCUUGGGGUUCCUGGUCACGCAGAACCCGUGCUCCCUGUCAGUACGCGCGUCCAUUGGCCACCUGGCCCUCCUGACUGUCUACGUGAUGGCGAGUGCCGAACUGCUGGGCCGCCACUACCUGCUGGAGGUGCGCCGCCUGUCCCCGCAGCUCUACGCUGUGUCGCCCGCCACAGAGUGCUGCACGCCGGCCGUGCUCUACCCAGGAAACGCCUCCCUGAGGGCGGCCGCCUACCUGGACCUGGCCUUCUGCUCCAAGGGCAACGCAAAGGACACGGUCCUUUACCGGGUGGCACGCGCCGCGCCCGGAGAGCGCUCAUACAGUGUGGAACCCAACCUGAUCACGCACAUUGGAUGGUUCUCCUCCAUCAGGCCCAACCCGGCCCAGCCAAGGAUGCUUUGA